GACAGGCACGGAGCAGGCCAGGGCAGGGCAGCCGCGGGGAGCCCAGCGGGGCGGCCGGGAGAGCGGCGGGCAGGCAGGUGUAAUGGAACAACUGCAGGAUCCAGUUAUGCAAGAAGAUGCAAAUAUUAAAGCUAUUAAUGAAGAGUACAGGAAAGCCUUUAUUUUUAUCAAUAAAGGACUGAAUACAGAUGAACUGGGCCAGAAGGAAGAGGCAAGAAGUUACUAUAAGAAAGGGCUUGACCACUUGCUCCGAGGAGUUAGCAUUCCAUCAGAGGGUCCUGCGUGUGUAGGGUCCCAGUGGGAGUCUGCCAGGCAAAUGCAGCAGAAGAUGAGGGAGACCCUGCAAAAUGUUCAUGCUCGACUCAGCAGUCUAGAGCAAAACACCCCACCUGUACAAGCAAGUCCUGCUACGAUGGAUGCCACUCCUGGGGUGCCCAAGUUAUAUCCAUCCAUUCCUUCCAAAGAAAAGCCAGAAAGACCACCUGCCCCUAAUUCUCUGUUUGCACCAAGUCAACCAUCUGCAGCAGAUGGAGGUGUUGCAGCUGUGAGCCAGGGUCAAAUUCCAGCUAUGAGUCCAUCCUCUGGAAAACCUCUCUGUCUGCCAAAUGAAGCACCUCCUGCCUAUACUCCUCAAGCUACCAAUGGCCAUUUUACUGUGUCUUAUGGCACAGACUCUGGAGAGUUUUCUUCUGUAGGUGAGGACUAUUACAACAAAUGUACUCAGCCACCUCCCCUGGAAAACCUGGGAGUGGAUGCAGACGAGCUGAUCUUGAUUCCCCACGGAGUACAGAUAUUUUUUGUGACUCCUGAUGGGCAGGUUAGUGCUCCUUCAUAUCCUGGAUAUCUACGCAUUGUGAAGUUCUUGGAUACAGAUAGUGAAGCAGCUCAGAAUCGUCCACCUGCAUUUCUUCAGGUUUGUGACUGGUUGUAUCCUCUAAUGUGUAACCAGUCUCCUGUUCUGUGCUGCAGUACUGGAGUCUACAUGUUCCCUGACACAAUGUCCCAGAUACCAGGGUCCUAUGUAGGAGUAGUGCUGUCUUCAGAACUUCCAGCAGCUGACAGAGAGCUGUUUGAGGAUCUCUUAAAACAGAUGUCUGACCUUCGAAUCCAGGUGCCAGGAUCCCAUGAGAGAUUAGGGUUAUCUUCAGAGCUCCCAGCAACUGAGAGAGCGCAUUUUGAAGAUAAAUUUAAACAGAUGUCUGGCCACAAAGUCCAGCCUUCAGAAGCCUCUAGUGAUGCAGUUAACUUGCCUCAGACUGUACAUAUCCAACCACAACCCGAAGGAGCAGAAAAUCAGAAAGAGUUACCAGAAUGGAGUGAAAAGGUUGCCCAUGGUAUCUUGUCAGGUGCAUCUUGGGUAAGCUGGGGCCUAAUGAAAGGAGCAGAAUAUACUGGUAAAGCUAUUCACAAAGGAGCUUCUAAGCUGCGAGAACACCUUCAACCAGAAGAAAAACCUGUGGAAGUCAAUCCAACUGUAGCAAAGGGACUUCAUGUAGCAAAACAGGCUACUGGAGGAGCUGUGAAAGUCAGCCAAUUCUUAGCUGAAGGAGUAUGUUCUAUAGCGAGCUGUGUCGGAAGGGAGCUGGCUCCACAUGUGAAGAAGCAUGGCAGCAAAUUAGUUCCAGAAUCCCUUAAGAAAGAUAAAGAUGGCAAAUCCACUUUUGAUGGUGCUCUGGUUGUAGCAGCAAGUGGAGUUCAAGGGUUUUCAACAGUGUGGCAAGGUUUAGAAAGUGCAGCGAAGUGCAUUGCUAAAAGUGUUUCAACUGAGACUGUAAAAACUGUCAAAUACAAGUAUGGAGAGGAUGCUGGCCAUGCUACAGACAAUGCUAUGAAUUCUGCAAUCAAUGUUGGUGUGACAGCAUUUAACAUUGACAAUAUUGGUAUCAAAGCUGUUGUAAAGAGAACUGCAAAGGAAACUGGCCAUGCUGUGCUAGAUGAAUAUAAAGUAUUGGAUAAUGAGAAGAAGGGUAAAAAAUGAAAGCAAUUAAAUAUUUCUCAAAACCUUACAUUAGAGAUGAAACUUCCUAUUUACAAGUAACUGCAUUGCUCAUCUGCAAUUGAACAUAAAUCACACUGUACUUUCCAAGCAACUGUUAAUUAAUUUGACAUGAAAAUGUAAAAAUAGGGAGAGCAUUCAUAGAAAACAAUGAAAGUUGUCAACUCCUUGUUCUGUAUUGAACAAGAAUUUUAAACAACUGGAUCAGGGCUUUAGGCAGCUGGAAGAUUAUGAGUUUGCAGUUCAUAUACUUGCCUCUGUAAGCACUUUUUCAAAAUAAUAUAUGGAAUAAUAGAUUAAUAUAGUAAUACUAUUGUGAAUAUUUUUGUAACACUUUAUAAAGAAGGUGGUGAUACUGAAAAAGUAGGAUUACUAAUUCUGGAACAAGUAGAAUUAUUAGUUUUGGGUUUAUAAUGAUCCUUGAGUUAGUUUUACUAACCUAGCCUUGUCUUAUUUAAUAUGCAUUACUAAAAUAAGCAUUGGGUUUCAUUGUUUUAUAGAGAAUUUAUCUUUUCAGCUACCAAACAGCUAAUCUUAUCCAAAGUUCAUGUUAGGAGAAAUGAAAGGUGAACCUCAGGUAACUAGGCAGUUAUUCCCUUUUAAACUUUUUUUUUUUCAUCCAGCAUAUAAGUAAACCAAAGAUACCAAGCAUUUCUUUUAAAAGAUAGUAUUUACAGCUCUAGAAAAAUGCAUUUUCCACUUGACUCCAUAAGGAAUAUACAAAGAUUCUUUGAAAUUCAGAUUUUUAUGUAGAGAGGAGAAGUAUGUUUUUGCAUAAAUUAUUUUUCUCUGAAAAUAUUCUGUAGAAUGCACUAGGAACUUCUGUGCAUUCUGUACUUUGCAGGCAAUCCAGAAGGAUUCAGAUUAUAUAUCAUGGCCUCCUAAUGGAAGACAGUAUAUAUUUGAACAAAUAGUUCUAACAGUCAUCAUCUUUAUUCCAUUAAAUUCAUAGUUGCACAAGGGUAUGAAGUCUUUAAAAAGGGUACAAAGGCAAGCCCUUUUAAUGGAGAGAGGUGUGUAGAAUAGAUGCAACUGUGUAGAUUUGCAAUCCUCUUUGUAGCCCAGUGUAAAAUAACUGGGUAUGUCAAAUCCUUGAGAUGCUUUGGCACCACUACUUAUUUUAACAGUUCACUAUUGAGUUUUAAAGCUGCUGCAUAUUCUAAUAUUGGCUGUACCUGCAACAAACAGAAUGCCAUCAAUUUACAGCUUAUCUCCAUUUCAUGUAAAUGGAGAAAAUAACUAAAUGGUUGUUAGCAAGUGAUAUUUGUAUCAGAUUAAAAAAAACACAGUAACAACUAAUGUCUAUUAAAAUGGUAAUAGGUGCACAUUUUGUGGUAGCUGCUGUAGGGUGAGAAAUGUGAAACACAAGGAUCUAACCACUUGAAGUCUAACUUUGAUUUAUGGAAAUAAAGAUGAAAUUAAAAUUGGGUAAUCUGUUCUUGACCUUUUUAUGACAGGAAGCUUCUGUAAGGAUUAGUGAGUGGAAAAACUAGGACUUUUGAAGUAAUAAAAUAACAGUAUUGAGGUAUGUCUGCAAUAUAAACAAGCUCAUCAAUUAAAAUAUUUCAAACUAAAAAAGUCCAUCUAAAGUACACUGCAACAAUUUCUGUUACUGUAGUCUGCCACUUGCCAGCACAUGUAACCAGUUAUAGGCUACUAAAACUUCACACUAGCAAAAGCAUUUUUGUUGCUAUGAACUGCAUUUACAAUAGGGAUGUAUUAUUUGGGUUUUCCUUCUCCCACUUUGGUUUUGUGUGUAGCUCAUGCUCUUUUAAAACAACAGUUAAGGUCAAGGUCUUGAAGAGACCAAGAGUAAAAAAAGAUUUAAAUGCCAUCGGUAUCAGGCAAGCAUUGUUGUUCUGCUCAACUUGCUGUUGUUCUGUUCGUGUGUACCCAGUCUUUCAAAAUAGUAUUUAUCUACUUUGAGACUUCCUUUAAUGAUGCCUACCCCAUUUUACAGUUUGUAAAGUGAUACAUCCAUGAUCUUCCCUUUUACAUUGUUCCAAAGUUUAGUUAAUUCUCACAGCUGACUAUGAUGCUACCAAACUUACUUUGCUUCAGCUGUCACUAGUUUGGCCCAGGGUAGCAAAUCCAUAGGCUUCUCCCCACUUCCUCUACCGUAUGCAACAGUCUUCUCACACUUACGGCCUUAUCUCAGCUCUCCCUUUUAUACACUAAGCUCCCUAAAGCUCAUAUCUUAGGUUUGCUUUCUAUUCACAGCUCGAUUUUGUUUAUUUGGACACUGAACAUCUUUUGAUGUAUGGCAGUCCUAGAAGUCUUAUAAGACUCCUUACUGUGUACUGCAUGAACUACUACCCUAUUCCUAAUGCAUUCCUAUUUCCAAAUUUAUUCAAAGUCUUUUCUGCUCUAAUAUUGAUCUCGAAUCUGGUCUUGGGAAGAUUACUUUUAAUGAUCUCCAAGUCAUUCUAAGCUACUGCUGUCUGUGGCAUUUUCAGCAUUCUGUAGGUAUAAACCACUGUUUUUACCUCAAGUCUAAACCCUUGUAUUUGAAUAGAUUACCCUGGAUUCCAA